UGGGGCGGCUGGGGCGGCCGGGCCUGCGCUGGGGACCGCAGCCGGCGCCUGGGACCUGGAGGGGACUCCUGGGCCGAGGCAGCAUGUGACACCGACCAGGAUUCAGCCCUGAUGGAGGCUGAGGAACCUCAACAUGGACCCUCCACUCCCAACCCUGCUAUAGUGGAAUUCAGUAUUAUCCCUGAGGCUCUCAUGAGGAGCAGCCAGAUCCCUGCUGUGGAAUCUGAAGGUCAAGAAAACCAAGACCUAUAUUCUACGUGGACAGAGGGAGGCAGACCCUUGGUGACCCAGCAGAGAGAGCUAAGCAAUGUGCAUGACUAUGCAGCAGAGAGGAUGCCAUCUUUCCCCAAAGAAGGUUCUGCAGACAAGGAGAUCAACCGGGAAAGGUUUGUGUCUGAGGCCUGGGACUCUCCAGAUGUCCUAGAGACAAUGUCCCAGAACCUAGCAGAAAGACAAUCAAGGACACUAGGUCCAGAAGAGGUUGGGGCCUACCUGGUCCAGGGCAAGUGUCUUGACAUGAUCCCAAUAUCCAUUGAACCGGACAGCAGAGCAGAGGUGGAAUUCCAGCCACAAUUCACUUCUUUUAUAUCGGGACAAGCAGAAGAGAAGGAGGAAACCUUUCCAGACCCCUCUGCUCAGAUUGGAUCUUGGCCUCCCUGUGAAGAGCACCUUGUAGAGACCAGCCAGACUGAGGACUCUGAGAGUGGAUCUUUCAGGCAGGGAAAAGAGCUGCAGUCUAUGGACAUGCAAGGAAGUCCAGGGAGAGAAGGGCUUUUGCAUCUUUGGGAUGCCCAGGGGAUAGAGACACAGAAACAAUGGGAAGUGGAAUUUCAGGAGGAAGGAAUGCAAGGGGAGGAUAUUUGUCCUGAUGGGAUUUGUGGGGAGCAAGAGCAGAUGGUGGAGCAGGUUGAUGGUAAAGAUGGAAAACAGAACCCACAGCAGGAGCAGGUACUAGGGGAUGUGCUGCUUACACAACAAGAAGAAAGAGACAGACCCAAUGGGGAUCUGGAGGGUCUGAAUUACAGUGAAUGGGGACUAGAGGAGUCAGUGAGAAGGGCUCCGGGCCAGGAGGAUCCAAAGCACAGGGGGCAGAGGAAGAAAGAGUCACACGGGCCAGAAGGGAGUAGGAUAGACUCUCGGUGCAUGCAAAAUCAAAGCUUAGUGGAGGACUCAGAGAAGGUCACUGGGAAGCAAGAUCAGGGCUUACAGAGGUAUGUGAUGUCAAUGCAGGGGCAAGACGGAGAGGUAAGGAGUUGGGAUGACAGGCUACAGGGAGAGGGAGAAGCGCUCCAUGGGCCUUCCACACCGGUUGUGUUAUCCGCUGAGAUUUCGUCUCCUGGUGACGUGUUUCCAGAUGCUUCGUGUUUUAUGACCCAGACUGCUGGGGUGCAGACAGACUCCAGGGCUGAGGACCUGUCGCCCAUAGCCAUGACUCCUACAUUGGAACCACCGGGAUGGCCUCAGCACCCCAUUUCUCUACCUGCCUCCUUUCCCCCUGGGCAGUCACUUGACAACAAAAUGGCUCAAGACAGCCAGCAAGAAGGGGCUGAGCUGAACAUGGGGACAUUGCCCGGCCAGGGGACUGAGGUGAACCUUGCCGCUAUAUCUGUGGCUCCCCCAAGGACCCCAAGUUCAGCUACUGCCAAUGCUGCUGAGAUCUCCAUCACAACCACCCCAUCUUCUGCCAGCCCCCUCACCACCUUUGUCAGCAAGGAGACUUCUCUUGCUGCACAUUCUCCAGAAACCUCCAGAGCCUUUUUCUCAACUGACAACCUGUCUCCCCAGGGAGUUUCUGAGACUCUCCCGGCUUCUUUCUGUGGCUUUCCCUCUGCAGAAGCCCCCACAAGCCCCAACUCCCACUCCAAGGCCAGCCCUGCCAGGCCCCCAGGCAGCUGCACAGGCGCCAUCCAGCACCUCAGGAGCAACUCCUUCCCUGGUUCUCAUAGGACAGAGCAGGCUCUGGACCUGGUGGGAAGAUCACUUUCCUUCUCUCAUUCCGAGUUGCCUCAGAGGCCCCCCAAACCUACCAUCUAUGGCUCUGUAAUCCCAAGAAGGGCCAGGAGAGGCAAUAGGGACUGUAGUGUCAUUUCAGAAUGUCCUACUGCAUCUACUCUGGGGCAGGACUCUCAAGAACUCAGCUCAAGUCCAGGGAGGCCCAGCAGUCCUCACAGCAGCCAGCCGUGGGGCUCCCCACAUAACCCCUCUUUUGCCACAGGAUCCCCAGCCCUCAUCCCCAUGGACAUGAGGAUCCAUGAACCUCCACUGCCUCCUCCCCUAGAGAAGAGGCACAUCCACCCCCCCACAGUGGAGCAUGAUGGCCAUCUCCGCACAGUGGUCCCCACGCUAAAGCAGUUCAAUCAUCCUUCUUCAUUGGCCCUAGGUUCAGGGCUUCUUGGUCCCCCUAAAGGCCCACUUCCUGAAGUUCCUGACCCUCUUGUGGCAAGACAGCAUCGACCUCUGCCAUCUACCCCAGACAGCUCCAACCAAACUCAGGUUCCUUUACCCCCCAGGCAGAGAUACAACAAGCCAUUGCCCCCAACUCCAGAUGUGCACCAGCCCCACCACUCCCCUGCUUCUCAUUCCAAUAUCUCAAGGAUCUACAAACCUCUUCCCCCCGUUCCCAUCCUGGACUCUCCUACUGAACCACCUCCCUUACCCCCAAAGUCCAGGGGAAGAAGCAGGAGCACUCAGGGAGGACUUAUGAAUUCAACGGGUCAAGCUAAGCCAAGACCUAUUUGUCAAGACUGGACAGUCUCCACGCCCCCUUGUGCUGGGCGUACUUCCUGGCCCCCAGCCAUGGGCAGAUCAACCGAGUCUUCGACUUCCAUCGGUAGGAGUAAGAAGGAAGUAUCCUCGGGCAUGGCUUUCAGCAACGUGACAAGCCUUCUAAGUCCCUCUUCCCCUACCACUCCUUGGACUCUGGAGCUUCAGGAAUCUAUGCCUAAAGAUGAACCAGGGCUCUUAGAAGAGUCUGAAGCCCCUACAAGAGGAUCUUGGAGAAGAACUGGCCCCCAGGAAGGAGUCAAUGGCCCAAGGAGGUCGGCUGUAGGACGAGCAAAGCAACCUGAGAAACCCGGCCAUCCCCAUCUGGAGAAGGCAUCCAGCUGGCCCCAUAGGCGGGAACCGGGGAGACCACCUGAGGGCAGCAGUACACAAGGCAUGGCUCCCGAUGAGGGGCCCAGCAAGCACAAGGGCUGGAACCGGCAAGGCCUGCGCAGACCUUCCAUCUUGCCUGAGGGCUCUUCAGAUUCAAGAGGCCCAGCCACGGAACGGUCCCCUGGCUCCUCUGACACUAUUGUUUUCCGAGAGAAAAAGCCAAGGGAGGUGAUGGGAGGCUUUUCAAGACGCUGCUCCAAGCUCAUCAAUUCCUCCCAGCUGCUCUACCAGGAGUACAGUGACGUCUUUCUAAAUAAGGAGAUUCAGAGCCAACAGCGGCUGGACAGCCUGUCCGAGACCCCUGGGCCUGCCUCUCCACGCCAGCCUCGAAAGGCCCUGGUCUCCUCCGAGUCUUACCUGCAGCGCCUCUCUAUGGCCUCCAGUGGCUCCCUCUGGCAGGAGAUUCCCGUGGUGCGCAAUAGCACCGUGCUGCUGUCCAUGACCCAUGAAGACCAAAAGCUGCAAGAGGCCAAAUUCGAACUGAUCGUCUCAGAGGCCUCUUACCUGCGCAGUCUACACAUAGCCGUGGAUCAUUUCCAACAUUCAUCCCAACUCCGGGCCACCCUUUCCAACCAGGAGCACCAGUGGCUCUUCUCUCGUUUACAGGAUGUACGAGACGUCAGCACCACGUUCCUUUCAGACCUGGAAGAGAACUUCGAGAACAAUAUCUUCUCCUUCCAAGUAUGUGAUGUAGUCCUGAACCAUGCCCCGGAAUUCCGCCGGGUCUACCUGCCUUAUGUCACCAACCAGACCUACCAGGAACGCACCUUCCAAAGCCUACUGAAUAGCAAUGGCAGUUUCCGAGAGGUCCUGGACAAGCUGGAGAGUGACCCCAUCUGCCAACGCCUUUCCCUCAAGUCCUUUCUGAUUCUGCCCUUCCAGCGCAUCACCCGUCUCAAACUGUUGCUUCAGAACAUUCUGAAGAGAACACAGCCUGGAUCCUCAGAGGAAGCAGAAGCCACAAAGGCACAUCAUGCCCUGGAGGAGCUGAUCCGAGACUGCAACAACAACGUCCAGAGAAUGCGACGGACGGAGGAGCUUAUCUACCUGAGCCAGAAGAUUGAGUUUGAGUGCAAAAUAUUUCCGCUCAUUUCACAAUCACGCUGGCUGGUGAAGAGUGGGGAGCUGACAGCCCUUGAGUUCAGCGUCUCCCCAGGACUGCGAAGGAAACUGAAUACACGUCCUGUCCACCUGCACCUCUUCAAUGACUGUCUGCUGCUGUCCCGGCCCCGAGAGGGUAACCGCUUCCUGGUAUUUGACCAUGCUCCUUUCUCCUCCAUCCGUGGGGAAAAGUGUGAAAUGAAGCUACACGGACCUCACAAAAACCUCUUCCGACUCUUCCUGCGGCAAAACGCACAGGGCACCCAGGCUGAGUUCCUCUUCAGCACUGAGACUCAAAGUGAAAAGCUUCGAUGGAUCUCAGCCUUAGCCAUGCCUCGAGAAGAGCUGGACCUUUUGGAGUGUUAUGACUCCCCACAAGUACAAUGCCAUCGUGCCUACAAGCCCCGAGAGAAUGACGAGCUGGCCCUGGAGAAGGCUGACGUAGUGAUGGUUACUCAGCAGAGCAGUGACGGCUGGUUGGAGGGCGUGAGACUCUCAGACUGGGAGCGAGGCUGGUUCCCUCUACAACAAGUAGCGUUCAUUUCCAAUCCAGAGGUCCGUGCACGGAACCUGAAGGAAGCCCAUCGAGUCAAGACUGCCAAACUACAGCUGGUGGAGCAGCAAGCAUAGCUGUUCUGGGUGAGGAAUCUCCCGAGCUUAAGAACAAGCUGUGCCUGGAGAAGGCUGGCGCCAGAACCAUGCUGCAAAGACCUUCUGCAGACUAAGGAUGAAGCCUUCCGAAAGCCCAAGGACAAAAUCCAGUUAAACCAGUCACUUACCACAGGCCUCCUUUUUUGUGCUUUGUGCUUGGUGGGGGGAUUUUGAGGGACUUUGCACUGGACUCUGGGAACUUAUUUUUUUAAUAGGAAAAGGGACCAGUGGGGACUGAGCCAAGGAACUUUACUUCUACUGCCAUAUAGUACUUAAACACUUGUUGCUUCCAGAGAGCAGAUUCAGAGCUGGCCGAAGUUUCAGUCAUGGCCGUAUGUUAAAAAGAAUCUAACCUCGGUUCACUGGAGGGAGAUGUUUAAGGGUAUUAACACAUCAGAUGGGAGGGUCAACUUGGUGACCACCAAGUUGUCUUCCAAUCCUAGAGAUUCUCUUUAAUUAUCGGUGUGAGGCUAGUGCAUGCAUCUCUGAGAUCUAUGUCUACUGGUGAUAAUGUGAGGGUGAUAUUCUCUCACUCUAAUAAACCUGGCAUUUCUCCA